AUGGACCAGAUGCUGCCCCUUCCUUUCCGCCACGCAUUUUCCUCUCUUGGUGUGGUUUUGAUCAUGGCCAUUUCCAAAGCAUUUGAACCGGAAUUCGUUGCUGGGUUGGGCCACCGUGAACUUGCGAGGAGAGAGACGCCCUUGAGAGAUGACAGCAUUCUGUCUCAGGAGGAGCCUGCAAUCCGUCACCGGCCUUCCCAGUUUGUGCCAUCCUUAGGAAUCCAGGACAGUAAGGAGUUAAACAGAACGUGCUGUCUGAAUGGGGGCACCUGUAUGCUGGGGUCCUUCUGUGCCUGCCCCCCCUCCUUCUAUGGCCGCAACUGUGAGCACGAUUCCCGCAAAGAGAGCUGUGGCUCUGUGCCCCAUGACACCUGGCUGCCCAGGAGAUGUUCCAUGUGUAAGUGCUGGCGAGGCCAACUCCACUGCUUUCGGCAGACGUUCCUCCCGGGCUGCGAUGGCCACGUGAUGGAUGAGCACUUCCUGGUUUCCAGGACUCCAGAAUUAACACCGGCUUCUGGCACCACUCUUUCACUAGCUGGCAUCUGCCUCGCUCUGCAAAGUUACUGUUAAUGGACACUUGCAUAUGCAGUAUUUGUCCUGCGAGUUUCAUCACCUGUAAAGCCUGUCACUCCAGUGUCCUAACUGAGAGACGAUCGUUUGUUAGCUGCCUUGAAACGGCAAAUGGAUUUUCAUCAUGGUCCCUAACAUUUUCAUCAAGUACCAACUACUUUCCUCUGCCCUCUCCAAAAA